AUGCUCGCCACCAAGACUCUGCUCAUGCCAUUCGCGGCCCUUGCUCUGGCUUCGACCGUCAUCGGCCUCCCUCAACCUCAGAUCAAUGAGAAAUCGAGCGCGGUCUUCCACCCGGUGGACCCCAACCAAGACCCAAACGUUCAACAGGGGCCAAACCUGCAGAUCUACAUCACCAGCGCCGAUGCUUACUGCUUGUUCCUGCCCGAGACGGAGAACACGACCAUUGCGCAGAGUAUCCACCGCAACAAGGCCAUCUCUGCGUGCCGCAAGGUGAGUAGCCGCGUGAUGGCAAGACCCGGACGCGUCAUCAUGCGCAACAGACUCACUCUAUCUGCUCGUCGAUGUCGUAAAUAGCCAUGGGCCCCGCAGGAACAGGUCCAGCUGGACGAUGGUUUCUUCACCACCAACCAGUCGUAUCCCUUCGUCGACAACACCGCUGGCGUCAACCGUGGACGUCAGAUCCAUCUGUGGGGCUGCAUCAACCCUUACUCGAUGCCCGAUAACCUCGUCCCUACCGACAGCCGUGGUGGUGUUUACCACGGUCGUAUCCACGGCAACGAUCAGGUCCCCGCAAGAGGCGUCUGCCUUGGUUGUGCGUAGUGCCAUACCUUCAAAUGGCCCAGUGACGGAGGAUAGAUAUGGUGGCUGACUCAUUCUUGUAUAUUUCUCCAGACGACCACUUCACCCAGUGGAUUAUCCCUGGCGCAGGUGUCAUCUCUUACAAAUGUUGCCAGGACCCCAUCGAGUAGGUUGAUUGAGCAGCUUCAGCAUUAGACGAAGCGAGCGAGACUGACAUGCUUUUCUUGCCCUCAACGUAGCUGUCCCCGCUGGGGUGAGUAAAAAAGAUCAAGUCAGCUCUCCCACGAUUCCUGCUGAUGCAGUUGACCCGUCUCUUGGCCACAGACGUCGGAGGUGACAUUGGCAAGACCAUUCCCGAUAGCGGAUUUGUUCCGGCUGACUGCAAGAAACUCAUUCCAGGUGAGACGCGCAGAUGAUUCGGUCACUUGCACGAGAGCAAAGUUAGCUGAACCUAUCCGCUAGUCGUCCCCCGCGCCAACUGAAGACGGUCACGGCGGCUCCCGACAGAGCGCGAGCGCUAGUUCGAAGAGCGCGUCCAUUGGUGGUGCACUGGCCGCAUUUGACGAAGACGGCAAGCCGAUUGCCGUGACGGGCUCGAAGUCCAAGAACGAGAACGAAGCAAAUGCUUGGGAGGAUGACGGGGACCACUGA